UUUCCUCGCAGCCCUCACCCCACCCCCCCGCCCUGCCCGUACAGUAACAUUUCACUGGAGCCAGAAAAGGGCCCGGCAUUUACAUGGGGCUCGCCUCGGAAGCACAAAGACCGGACUUAACGUGCCGCCUUUGACAUGGGCCGGCUGUGGUACCCUGAGCCAAUCUCUGAACCUCUCGGUGCUCGGGGCAGCUUUAUUCGACCCUGUCCUGCAGACAGAGUGUUGGCUUGCAUGGUAGGAUGUUAGCUACUUGAAGACACAGACUGUUUUGGUUCUGUGUUUGUAUAUCAGUGCCUGGCACAUAGCAGAAUGGCUGGCACUGUACUUGGAGUGGGUGCAGGAGUAUUCAUCUUAGCACUGCUCUGGGUGUUGGUAUUGCUGCUGCGUGUGCUGUUAUGCAGAGCCUCCGGUCUAGCUAGGUUCUCUGUCACUUUUGUUUUCCUUGCUGCUGUGAUCAUCACAUCAGUUCUGUUGUUGUUUCCCCGGGCCACUGAGGUCCCAACCCCAGAGGUAGAAAUUAAGAUUAUGGACAAGUUCUUCAUUGGCUGUUAUGUUCUACUGGCUUUUCUCAGUAUUUUCUUCCUUGGAAGCUUCUUCCUGGUUCUAAUUCACCACAUCCUGGAACCAAUCAUUGGAAGGCAAGAGCCGGCUAACAGAUUUCAUAUUAUUGUCCUGUACUUUGGUUCAGAGCAGUUGCAUCUGCUGCUCCUGAGGACCCCAGGUGCCUAUGAGCUGCAGCACAAAGAUGCUGGGCCAACCCAAGCAGCACACUGA